ACUUCCUGGCACUUUAUGGAGUGAUGUAAUGCCUGUUCGCUUAAUAAUGCUGCUUUUACGUCAGUGUGAAGGGGAUAUGUGAGACAGAUGACGAAAUUGUCAAACUGCGUUCAUGCAUGCUGCAGAAAAAAACUCCAGCAAAGACAAGACGUGACAUAUUUCCAGCAGGGUGCGUAACGUAACGUGAGGAUGUGACGCACUCUCCUCCGCCUGCUGGACUCUCCGUCUCUCUUCUCUCUGCCAUAAACACUAGCUGCUUCACCUCCAUACAGACAACAGGCUCUGCACCAUUUAUAAACCAAAAGCGGUCAGCAGGGGUCAUGAGGGUGUCGGAGGCCCCGGUUGCUGUUCAGAGCAGCUGAAGCAGACAUGGGCAAAGAAGUCUCAAAUGGCAUCGGUAGGCUCGGCCUCAUCGACUUCACCAGCCACAUCCUCCUUCGCCACAACCACCACUGGCAACGCAACAAGUUCUCUGUAUUUGCCAGCAUCUCCCAGUAAGACUUUGCAAUGAGAAUGUCCGAUACAGUCGACACUGAAACGAUGAAGGUGUCCGAAGCUGCAGAGACGGUGCCAUCUCCAAAAGACAACGCCAGCAACUCGGAGGUGGCCGACCAGAGCCAGAGCGGCAGAGACGAACACGGCAGUAACAAUAAGAGAGACGCACAGCCUGUGAAGUACUCCAAGUCCAACACCAGGCUAAAGCUGGUGCGGAGCCUGGCAGUGUGUGAAGAGUCCUUUCCUUGCCCUAGUCCUGAGCCUUCAGCAGCACCUCAGGAUGGAUUCCUUCUCCAGCCCUUUGAAAAGGAAGAUCGAGCCUCACAGGACCAAGCGGAGAAAGAGGAGAGCUGCGAUAAGGUGGACAAACCGGAGAAGACGCAGAGAAAGAUGCUGUCGAGAGACUCCAGUCAGGACUACACAGAUUCAACUGGCAUAGAUCUCCACGAGUUCCUGGUCAACACGCUGAAGGGCAACCCGAGGGAUCGAAUCAUGCUCCUGAAGUUGGAACAGGACAUCUUGGACUUCAUCAGCAAUAAUGAAAGCCAAAAGAGAAAAUUCCCACCCAUGACGUCCUACCACAGGAUGCUGCUGCACCGAGUGGCGGCCUACUUCGGCAUGGACCACAACGUGGACCCCAGCGGAAAAUCAGUGGUCAUCAACAAAACCACCAACACCAGAAUACCCGAUCAGAAAUUCUCCGAGCACAUCAAGGAUGACAGGGCGGACGACUUUCAGAAACGCUACAUUCUCAAACGAGACAACUCCAGCUUUGAUCGCGAAGACAGCACGAUUCGAAUGCGUUUGAAAGCUGACAAGAGGAGCAAAUCGAUGGAGGAGAGGGAGGAGGAGUACCAGCGAGCCAGAGAAAGGAUAUUUGCACAUGAUGGAGAUCACUUCAUCCUCGACAGAAGCGCUCCGGAUGAAGGCGCAUGCAUGAGCACCCAACAGAGGCGGCAAAUGUUCAGGUUACGGGCCGGCCGGUCAGGCACCAGCCGGCAGAGCAGCUCCGAGACGGAGACGCUGCCGCGGCACGGCGAGCCCCGGCCGUGGAGCAGCACCGACAGCUCGGACAGCUCCAACCGGCUCGCCCCGCGGCCCGCCAUCACCAAGGCCAGCAGCUUCAGCGGCAUCUCGCCCGGCCUGGUCCGAGGGGACAGCACGGCCAGCAGCAAGAGCACCGGGAGGCUCUCCAAGACAGGUUCUGAGUCGUGCAGCAGCGUGGGGUCCUCGUCCAGCUCUCUGUCCCGUCCCCAGCUGCCCCUCCCGGUCUCAGCCCCGUCCUGGUCCAGCAUCCCCAGCGCUCCUCUAAUCCACCCGGCUGCAGACGGCAGAGCUCCCGGACACCCUGAGAUGAUCAAGAGCGUCUCCUCUCAGCCGCCGACAGCUCCAGAUGCAACCAACUACUACGUGUUGCCACUGGAAGCCUCAGGGAUCCCGCCAGGCAGCGUGCUGGUUAACCCACACACAGGCAAGCCUUUCAUCCACCCCGACGGCAGCGCCGUGGUUUAUAACCCGGCCUCCGUCGCCCCCGCUGCCGGCAGGAACCCACAGCAGGGGAAAGCCCCGCCGCCGCAGCCAAUCCCUGCACAGACACAGCAGCAGCAGCAGCAGCAGCAGCCAACCAAUCACCUCCACUCCCAGCCGAUCUGUCCUCCUCUCCAGCUGUCCUCUGAGCCUGUUCACAACCCGACGGUCUCGUAUCCUCCUCCUCCUCUUCCUCCUUCUCAGUUCCUGCCCGUCUGUCCUAACCAACAGUACACUGUGCCUGACGCCCUUAACGCCCAGUUCAGUCACAUGACUCUGGCGCAGCAGCCGCCCGGUGACGGCGGGGCUUCGGCCCCAGACGCCCGUCACUACCCGACCCUGUACCACCACCACCACCACCACCCCUCCAUGGUGCUGCAGGGAGCUCCGCAGCAGCAGCAGGUUGCUAGCUACGUGGUGGCAGGACCAUCCGGAGGACACCCGGGGGUGCUGCAGGGCCAGCCCGUCCCGGCUCCCAACCACGCGUACCCCAGCUCCACGCCGGGCCCCGCCGGGUUCCCCGGGUCCACGCUGAACCAGCAGCUGCUGCAGCAACACACCUACAUCCAGCAGCCGGUCCAGCAGAUGUCGGCGUGUUACUGCUCUUCGGCCCACCACCCCCACUGCUCCGGCCAGCAGCAGCAUUACCGUCCCCCCGUCAACCCGCUGUCCUAUAACUGCCCUCAGAGCCAAAACCUGCCCCAGCAACAAGUGCACCAAGCCAUGAUGCCAAACCCAGCGUCCAGCUACCAGACCAUAGUGGGCGUGCAGCCAACAUCCAACCUCGCUCUCACUGGCAACCAGCAAAGCAAUAUGGGCAACCAGAUGCAAGGCAUGAUGGUCCAGUACCCUCCGAUGCAGUCUUAUCAGCAGGUUUCGGUGCCGCAGCAGACGUACCAGCAGCCCGUGUUCGUGUCCUGUCAGCCGGGUCAGGGGGCGGUGGCGGUCGCUGGCAUGCAGCCCUGCUACAGUCUGCUCCCCCCGAACCAGCACACCACCAUGAGUUCGACCGUGAGUUUCCUGCCCGCCCAGAUGAUGGAGCAGCUCCAGUUUCCUCAGACCUCGUCCCCCUGCGUGUCCCAGCAGCACCCGGGCCAGCAGUACGCAGGGUUAUUACCCCCGGCCCCCGGCGGCGGUAUGGUGAUGCUGCAGAUGACGGCUCCCUCCUGCCAGCAGCCCCGGGCCCCCUCCCCCUGCCAGCGGAAACAGCCCAGCCACAAACACCCGGGCCCCGAGAACCAGCGCAGCCGCAGGCCCGCCGAGCUGCCCGCGCCUCCAGACAGCACCCAGAGCAGCCUGCCUUUGUCCCCGGCACUCACUCCCUCGCCCGGCCAGCCGCCCAGCGUCAAGGGCCUCCCAUCAGGCAUCUCGUCCAUCCCUGUCAUGGCCCACCACCCGCACCACCACCACCCAACGCUCCCUACAGCCUUCUGCCACAGUGGACAAGGUGAAGCACACUACUCUCUCCUGGGCCAGCCUCUGCAGUACAAACCCUCCAUCAGACCUCCGCUGAUCCACACUGCCCACAUGGUGGCCAAACACCAGGGUCCACUGGGGGUUUGGCGUAGCGGUCAUGGGAGGAAGGCCAGCAGAAAACCUCUGUCUUCAGAUCUCAGUGUAGGUGAAGCAGUGAGCAGUCAGAUCCUGGAGGCGACAGAUCCUCCGGAGGGGCUCGGCUGCACAGACUCCCACCUCCUCCUGGCAGAGCUCUGCAAAGGGGGCCAAUUGAUCCAGCGGCUGUCGGACCAUCAGCCGAGCAGAGCCGCUCCCGGCGGACGCCUGGCCUCAUCAUACUCCAUCUUCGCCAUGCUCCCCUCCAGAUACGCUGCCCCGAGCGCCGCGCUGCACCCCGGCGGCCCCCGGGCCACCUUCAGACUCACAACCAGAAACAAAGGGGGGCCGCGUGACUCGGACAGGGCCGGCUCGUAAGCUGCUAAGAUCUCGGCGCGACCUAAAAGGAGCGCCACAUGAACUGAACGCACAUCCAACCACCUGCCUCUGCUGCCUCAGUCUGGAGUUCAGACUCUGUCCAAAUCAAAAAAACACACAAAAACAAACGUUGAAGGAUGAAUGUUUUAUUUUCUUUUAGUUCAUUUUAUCUUUUUUUUUUUUCUUCCCCCCCCCGGCCAACAGGUCUGAGUUUUGGGUUUUUGUUUGUGGAAAGCGUCCAUGGCUGCUGAGCUGGCCCUUCUUUCUAUUGUAAAAACUCUAGUUUGCUGUUUUCGAAAAAAAAGUGUUUGGAGAGCUUUGGGAUUCUUCGCCAGCUGUCAGUGACUCCACUUGUUUCUGGUUCAACAAUGUUCAAAAAAACUCAAAAUCUGGGGCUCCGUUCCAUCUUAUUGCAUUGAAACUGAGCAUUUUUAUUUUAUUAACAAUCAGUUAUUCCAACAUGUCGUGAAGGUUAGACAAUAAAACACGCAGCCACACAGACUUGUACAAUGUGAGCCCAUACAAUAAUAAACACUGAAUAAUAGAUAUACUACCUGAAUUAUUUAAAGUCACUUUUAUACACAGUGAAUGUUGGAUUUGCACUGAAGUGAUGAACGAGACGGAGAUUUGAUCGUAUCGGACAGGGCCUGGAUUUUUCUUUUAUCGACCCCCUCGUACCUGUUUGUUGCACUCAGCCAGGCCACUUUCUUUUAUAUUUAAUUAAAAUGUUUAUAUGCACAAGAAAAAUGCAAUCGAGUUUGUCACUCUACUUGGCUUCUUUUUUGUUUGUUUUUUUGUUUGUGUGAGUCAUGAGAGGUGUCUGGUGUGGCUUUUUCUUUCUUUUUUUCUUUUCUGUUUUGGUUUGACUCUAAUAAAUGUUUGCACCACA